AUGGCUUCCCGCGACUACUACAACACGAGUACCACCAACAACAACCAUCCCGGCUAUAACAGCUAUACCACCCACGCAUCUCCCUUUGACGACUCGCAAUACCCCUCCUACUCGUCUUCCUACAACAAUCUCAGCAACCAGCCCACCCCCAGCGAUGGCCGCGACCCCUUUCAGGACGACAAUGCCGUGCCCAUGCACACAUACCACGCAAAGCACUCGUCGCAGUCCAGCACCGCUCCCGUCAUCACCCCCGAAUACAACGACCCCUUUGUAAGAGAUGCAAAGCCGCGCUCCCGUUCAAGGCCAGCCCGUGCCCCUCCUGUCAAGGGCUGGCGUCGCUACUUCACAGGCCGUGUCACCUGGGUCUGCUACUUCUUGACCACCGUUCAGAUCAUCGUCUUCAUCGCCGAGAUUGUCAAAAACUCCAUCCUGACCAAGUCGCCCAUCGAGAUCCAUCCACAAUUCAACCCCAUGAUUGGUCCCUCGCCAUACGUUCUGAUCAACAUGGGUGCCCGUUACCAGCCCUGCAUGCACAACAUGCACGGUGUCCAGGACCGUGCUUCGGGCGAUAUCACAUGGCCUUGUCCCUGGGCCACUUCCAACACUGGUGACGAUGCAAAAUGUACUCUUUCUCAGUUGUGCGGUUUCGGUGGUGUCCCUGAGCCACAUGCCGGAGGCUCCAUCACCGACUCUCCCUACCCAAACCAAUGGUAUCGCUUCAUCAUCCCCAUCUUCCUUCAUGCUGGAAUCAUUCAUAUCGGCUUCAACAUGCUGCUUCAAAUGACUCUGGGCCGUGACAUGGAGCGUUCAAUUGGCAGCAUCCGCUUCACCCUGGUCUACUUCAGCGCCGGCAUCUUUGGCUUCGUUCUUGGUGGCAACUUCGCCGCUACUGGCAUUGCAUCCACCGGCUGCUCUGGCAGUCUCUUUGGCAUUAUGGCUUUAACCCUGCUCGAGCUGCUGUAUACCUGGCGCGAGCGUCAGAGUCCUAUCAAGGACCUCUUGUUCAUCCUCGUCGAUGUCAUCAUCUCAUUCGUCCUCGGUCUUUUGCCUGGUCUGGACAACUUCUCUCACAUUGGCGGCUUCCUCAUGGGUCUUGUCCUCGGAAUCUGCCUUCUACGCUCGCCCAAUGCUCUGCGUCGACGCACUGGCGAGGACGAACCGCCCUACAGUAGUGUCGGUGCUCCCGCCGCUACCCAAGAUGCCGCCAGCCAGGGUUUGCGUGUCUUCAUCAAGCAACCUGCGGGCUUCUUCAAAGGCCGUCGCGCUAUGUGGUGGCUAUGGUGGAUCGUGCGUGCUCUUGCCUUACUAGGCGUUCUGAUCGGCUUCAUUGUUCUACUCAAAAACUUCUACGUCUGGCGCACUGGCUGCACUUGGUGCAAGUACUUGAGUUGUAUCGAUGUCAACAAUUGGUGUGAUGUUGGUAACUUGCAGUUCUCCAACACUACGAGCAAGCGUGACUUGCUUGCCUUGGGUAACAGCAUCUUCUUGGAACCCAUGACUUCCGCCUGA